UCUGAGUCUGCUGAUACGACUCAUGAACACAGAUCUUUACAUGUGUGAACUGUUUAAAAGCAACUGACAGUGAAGCACAUCAUAGUGCAGUGCUUUAGCUCCUUGACCACAAUUUCCGGCUCUAACUUUGAAAAGCAUCAGUUUCUCCUUAGCCGGACAUUUCCAAGAGGAAGAAGAUGAGGAAGGAGCCAGACACCAUGAACUCGAGCCAUGACAGCAGCCUGAGAAAAAAGCUUCUCCGUGAACCAAACAAAAACAGUUGUUCAGACCCUGUCCAACUCACCAGAAGUGCUAACAGAGGCCUAUCGAAUGACCAAAGUGGCUCAGUGUGUUCUCAGAGCUGCACUGGUGACUGUAGCCCAAUGAGCCUUCUCACAACAUGUUCACGCAGCGCUGGCUAUGCCACAGGCUUCUCCACUGAACACAGCUCUAUCUACUCCUGGAGACACGAUGAGUUCGACCGUGAGAAUACUCAGCAUGUACGACAGCUCUUUAGUGCCCUGGAUGAACUGCUGUAUGAAGGUAAAGUGUGCAGUAAAUCAGAGUCUCUGCGCAAGGAGUGUGAGGAGUGGAACACACACUCCCCUCACCUCAGGAUUUUAGGAAAUCAGUUGGAGCCUCCAAAGCAAGAGGGAAUUCAGUAUGUGCACUUGAGACCCACUAGCACUAGGAUGGCAGUGUCUCCUCCAUACCUGGAUACAAGACACAACCACAGCGAGCUCUGUGUGGAGGGACACAGACUCGCUCCAGGAUCCUGGUCUGACUACUCCGGGUUGACUAUUUCUGAACUAUCAUGCUCUCUAAUCCCACAAGAAGAGGAGAUCUACGAGUUAGAGGGCAGGAUAGAAGAGUUUCUAGCUUAUGAUAGGAGAGAAACGGACAACGAGGGAAUGGAUCAUAAGAUGACCUCAGCUGUUACCUCCUGGGAUGGUGUACCGCGUCUGUCCCCCAACGCCUGCAUCCGUGAUGCCGUGGGUGACGAGUUGUUUGAUGACGUAUGGCGGGAGGUAGUGAGCUUCCUGGAAGAGCUGUUACGCAAACACUGGACGAAGCAACAUUCUGGCGCAACAAAGAGAUGGACACUGGAGAGCUCAAGUCAAAUUUUUUGUGAACCUUCGUCACAUCUUCCUUCAAGGGGAAGUCACAUUUCUCAUAGCAAAGGCCCUAAUAGCAGGAGCAUGUUACUAUGGCCAAACACCUAUAAUGGGCAGGACUCAAAUGUCUUUAAGUCCAAUUUGAACGGUGUUAUGACAAUCCAAGCAAAGCCUUUGCAGCAGAGACAGCAAGGAUUUGGCGAAAGGUCAUUGUGUGACUCAGAUGACGGAAGCACCACACUAACCACUCUAAAGGCCCCAACUGGAAUAAGCACACACUCCCACAAACCCUCUGGCCAGCGGAUUCUGCCCAGGAUCAGUGGCAGAGCUCUUCUGCGUCACAAUUUCCAAGGACAAAGCUCACUGCGAGGAACUAGACUAUCCACCGUCACUGAGGACCUGCUCACGCCACCUGUGAGUGCAGUUCAGAACCACAGACUUCCUCUCAUCCAUUCUUCUGACUCUGUAGAGCAAGAUAAUAUUCCUGUUAUGAGACAUACACAGCUCAGGGGUCGGAUCAUAAGAGGUGGUGCAGUGCACCCAGUGUCCAGCCUUCCACCACUGAAAGAGCCUACUCUACUGCUGGAGUCACUAUCUCGCCCCAACACCAACCAUACGUUCAGAUCGGACACACCCAUGAAAAGCUCUUACACAGCCAUGGAUUUUGCCUUUAGUAUGAGGACAGGGAGAAACCUUUUCACUGGGAACUUUUCCAAAACAGGUGAAGGAACACCUAUGGGUGUAACAGGCUUCAGCAUGGGCAUCUCCUCUUCUACAGCAAACAGUUUUUCUGACUGUGUUGCAACACCAAAGAGACGCACACAUCUUCUGUCUUCUUCUGAUGGGGAGGGGGGGAACAUUACUGUCCUUGGAUCAAUAGGUGCGCGGAAGGCACUGAGUCGGUUUCCGAUACAUGGGAAGAAGAAGUUUCAUGUGGUAAUGCCACAACCCAGUUAAAGACUGUUUACCCUGCUGAAGGACACGGCAAAGAGUGCAUCCUAUCAAUGACUGAUAGUGUGGAAGAACAAAAUACUUUUGUGCUUUACAGUGUAUAUUUUACUUGCACUAAAAGAACAUGCUGUUACAUGGCCACUUGCACGGUAAUUUUAUAUAAAAUAGGAAAUGCACAGAUAUUAGAAAUUAUGCUGAUAAAAUUUCAAAUUAACAUAUGGGUGAUCAUUUAUGUUUUCAAUUAUUUUGUAUAAGGAAUUAC